CUUCAAGAAAUUGUUGUUUCAUAUAAGUGGUUCGGUGCCGGAAGUGUGUUAUAAUUAAAGUUUUAACGGAAAUUACAACAUUUAAGCAUAAAACUGCAUUUUGUCGACGUCACCUUUGGCAACAACCCCUUGCCAUCACCGUGGCUGUGUUCUCUCCCUCUCUCACUGCCUUUUUUUUUUUUUGCGAAAUUGUAUUCAUCGCCAACCACGUUAAAAGGAAGAGCGUGAAUGUGAAUACAAUAAAAGAAGAAGAGAAGGAAGAAGAAGAAACACAAAAGUGCAAAUAACAACAAGGAGCAUUAAAAGUCGAGUCCCCCCCCUCAAAAACCCCCUAAAAGUUCAAAAAAAGAAAUUGUAAAGAAAAACAAAGGCAAGAACAGAAAGCAGCGCAUCAGCAGCAGCAACCACACCAACAAAAAGAUCAAACACAUUACCAACAAAAGCAAUCAAAAUGUCUGGCGAGGAAACGUCCGCUGAUCGCAAUGUGGAAAUCUGGAAAAUAAAGAAGCUCAUCAAGAGUUUGGAAAUGGCACGCGGCAAUGGAACAAGUAUGAUUUCUUUGAUUAUUCCACCAAAAGAUCAAAUUUCACGUGUCAGCAAAAUGUUGGCCGAUGAAUUUGGUACGGCCUCGAACAUCAAAUCGCGCGUGAAUCGUUUGUCCGUCCUCGGCGCUAUUACGUCGGUGCAGCACAGACUUAAGUUAUACACCAAAGUGCCUCCCAACGGUUUGGUCAUCUAUUGCGGCACAAUUGUCACAGAGGAGGGCAAAGAGAAGAAAGUUAACAUCGAUUUCGAGCCAUUCAAGCCUAUAAAUACAUCGCUUUAUCUCUGUGACAACAAGUUCCAUACGGAGGCCCUCACUGCCUUGUUAGCCGAUGACAAUAAAUUUGGCUUCAUUGUGAUGGAUGGUAAUGGUGCCUUAUUUGGUACACUGCAGGGCAACACACGGGAAGUUCUGCACAAAUUCACUGUCGAUCUGCCGAAGAAGCACGGACGUGGUGGUCAGUCGGCGUUGCGUUUUGCCCGUCUGCGUAUGGAGAAGCGGCACAAUUAUGUCCGCAAAGUAGCCGAGGUGGCCACUCAGCUGUUCAUUACGAAUGAUAAGCCCAAUAUAGCGGGUCUCAUUUUAGCUGGUAGUGCGGACUUCAAGACCGAACUAAGCCAAUCGGAUAUGUUUGAUCCCCGUUUACAAUCAAAAGUGAUUAAACUGGUGGAUGUGUCAUAUGGUGGGGAGAAUGGUUUCAAUCAGGCCAUCGAAUUGGCGGCCGAAUCGUUGCAGAAUGUUAAAUUUAUACAGGAAAAGAAACUCAUUGGGCGUUACUUUGAUGAAAUUUCUCAGGAUACGGGUAAAUACUGUUUUGGUGUGGAGGAUACCUUGCGGGCACUUGAACUGGGCUCUGUAGAGACAUUGAUUUGUUGGGAAAAUCUGGAUAUUCAACGUUAUGUUCUAAAGAAUCAUGCCAACUCGACGUCAACGACAGUAUUACAUUUGACGCCGGAGCAAGAAAAGGAUAAAUCGCACUUCACUGACAAGGAGAGUGGCGUCGAGAUGGAAUUAAUUGAGUCUCAACCGCUGCUUGAAUGGCUGGCAAAUAACUACAAAAUGUUUGGAGCCACCUUAGAGAUAAUUACGGAUAAAUCUCAGGAGGGUAGCCAGUUUGUGCGAGGAUUCGGUGGGAUUGGUGGUAUCUUGCGUUACAAGGUCGAUUUCCAGAGUAUGCAACUUGAUGAGCUGGACAAUGACUGCUUCGAUUUGGAUGAAUACUAGAUGUAAUCAUCAUGAGAUGAGAUAUUGAUGCUGAUGCUGAUGCUGAUUAUGGAUUGAUCUGAUCUGAUCUGAUAUGAUGUUGUUGCCUUUAACCAAUUACCGUCGAUCGAUAAGAAAAACGAAACAAUAUACAGAUGAAGAAACAUAA